AUGCUUCGGAAGAGAGCUGUGAAGGUGCACCCAGGACAGCAGCGGCGAGCAAGGGUGCAGACAAAGAGCAAGCGGUUCGUUCAAAAAGUGAUGGGCCUGUGCGCCGUUGCGCGACCGUGCGGCGACUUCGACGGACGAAUAGGAAUGUAUCGCUGCGCACGCGAAAAGGUUGCGCAGCGAAGGAGCAAGUUUCACGAACGAGGAGACGUGUGUGACGAAGACUGUGAUGUUGAGGCACACAUGUUCCACGAGUUAGUCACCGAGAAGUUGAUCCCGGACAUCUAUACGAAAAUGGCAGACUUUGACAUCGUCUUUGUACAGAUGGAUGGCGCACGGCCUCAUGUGAAGUGCAUGGACGCUUUAAACGCUGCUGGAAAGGAACGGAAGCGCAUCGAUGGGAAGCAAGCGCCAAUGAUCAAAUUUGUGUUGCAACCGGCCAACUCGCCGGACACCAACUUGAACGAUCUCUGCUUCUUUAGGUCGCUAUCAAAGUUCGUUCAAGAGCACGAACGUGAGAUCGAACACAGCGCUGCCAAUAAGGACGAGUUUUGGAACCUCAUGGUGGAGCAAUACCAUGAAUAUCAUGACCGCGAGAGACUUCAGAGAUGCUGGGUUGUCAAAACUGCAGUCACCAAAUGCAUCCUCGACGCCAACGGGACGAACAAUUACAAGCCACCGCACGGUAUCAAGCACGAAGAACCCAUUUCUUUCGAUCUUUCCUUGGAUUUGGACGACGCAAACGAUCGGGUGGCGCGCACUUUGGACUACGAAGGUCUGCAUGCCUCACUCCCUUCUUCUCUCCCACGAUAA